AUGGGAAAGAAAGAUAAGGAGGCGGCCGAGGAGAAGGCCUCCCGCUCGUCAUUGUUCUCACGCUCCAAGGGCAAGGACAAGGCAGCAGCACCAGAGUCAAACCCCUACGCCGCACAAUCUACUCCCGAUCCUUAUGGCGCCAAACCUCAAAACCUCGGUGCUCCUCCCGCUUACGAUGGCCGCUCUGCCUCGCCUGCCAUGCGUGAGAAGUCGCCUGUACCACCCGGUGGUUAUGGCGGCAGCACACCACGAUUCGGCGGAUCCAGCAACUACGCACAGCAAGGAGGAUACGGCAGCAACCCAUACGGCAGUGAACAACCACAGGCUGCCCGUACUGGCGGCUACGGCGGUCUCGGACGACGAGCCAGCCAGGAGACCGUGAGCACCGAUGUUGGAAGAGCCGCUCUGUUCGGCGAUGCCCCUCAGAGACAGCAACAACAACAACUUCAAGCUACUCAGGCUGCCGAAGAGCCCUCAGCAGACAACAGCUACGCAAACAGUGGUAUGUCCGGUGGUUACGGAGGCAGCUCCAGCGAACUCUACGGUCAGCCCGAUCGCUACCUGACUGCCGAAGAGCAAGAAGAGGAAGAUGUCAAGGCCUCCAAGGACGAAAUCAAGUUCAUCAAACAGCAGGACGUUUCGUCCACCCGCAACGCCCGCCGCAUCGCCGAGCAAGCAGAAGCCACAGGUCGUGAGACCCUAGCCAGACUAGGUGUCCAAGGCGAGCGCAUCCAUAACACCGAGCGUAAUCUCGACAUGGCACAACACCAAAACCGGCUCGCCGAAGAAAAAGCCCGCGAACUCAAGACACUGAACAGAAGCAUGUUCGCCAUGCACGUCUCCAACCCUUUCACCGCAAAGAAGCGCGAGGAGGCCGCCAACGCCAUCGCCCUGGAGAAACACAGAGUGGAAAGAGAGCGCGCAGAAGACACGAGACAGAACGCCUACUCCACUACACAACGUCACGCCGGUCAAGAAAAGACCAUGCGUGGCAAUGGCAAGACGCACGACAAAGCCACUCUGGCCAACAGAGCCAAGUACCAAUUCGAAGCCGACAGCGAGGAUGAAGCCAUGGAAGGUGAGAUUGAGGAGAAUUUGGAUAUCAUCCACAGGAGUGCAAAGACGCUGCAUGCAUUGGGCAACGCUAUGGGCGAUGAGCUCGAUGAGCAGAAUAAGCACAUUGGCCGUAUCAUCGGAAAGACUGAGACCGUCGACGAUCAGAUCGCCAUGAACAGAAUCAAGCUCAACAGGAUUAGAUAGACAAACCUGAUUGAGCAUGUACUUGUCACACUGCCAUGUUUCAAAGGCGUUUGGAAAUUGGGGAAGGGGUCACACUGGGAGGAUUCAAAUAGAUAGGUAAUUGUGCAAAGAAUGGAUUAGCAUUGAAGGAG